AUGACUGGCUAGUGGGUGGGUAGUGGAGUGGUGCCUAGGGCAUUGCUGCUGUUGUGUGACACCUGACAGUCUGUUCACGGGUUUUGCAGUGUCUGGAAGUUUCUGCCUGGGGUCAUUGCCUGGUGAAAUAGUUUUUGCAGGGGAGCAGGAAUGCCAUGGAAAUCUGAGAGAAAAAAAAUCUCUGGCCCUGUGCUUGGAAAACUGCUGUAUGUGGUUCUGUUUCUUGCUCUUUCUCCAGUUCCACAGCACUAGCAGGCUGAAACAUCAAACAUCUGGGAAGCCUGCCAGCCUGUCCAGGCAGGAAGAAGAUUCAAUGGACAGCAGGACUGGCUUUGAGCAGGAUAGAGACUGUGCCACUUCAGGGCAUGGCCAGGGGCUGAAAUUGGAGCCCUGUUUCCAGACUGAUUCUCUCUUGCCUUCCCCCAGUGCAUCCCUGAUACCACAGCUCCUCAGCCACACAAUGGUUGGCAGGAACAUGGAUCCCACCAUUCUUUUCCCUUCCUCUCAGGCAGUGGCCCUGCCUCAUGACUACAAAUGUGGUGCACGUCCUGGAGAAGAAGCACAAGCCCUGGCUUUCCCCAGGACCCGUGCCCCAGCUCCCGUGCCCUGUGCUGGUGAUGGGGACAAGCUCUCCAUCCAGCACCCACGGGAGCAGCUCUGUGACCAGCACUUACGAGCCAAGAGGGCCAGGGUGGAGAGCAUCAUCCAGGGCAUGAGCCACCCACCAGCCCCACAGGCAUUUGACACGAGCCUGGAGGCAGCUUUUAGGCAUGAGAGGGAAAGGGGUGGUGAGAUGCCCCAGGAGAGCAAGAGGAAGCCAAAAGUGCCCCAGCAGGGCACGGGGGCUGCUGGAAGAGUGGCUUCCACAGGGGCCAGCUCCCAUGCCAAGGGCUGCCAGCAGCUGAAAGAGCAGCUUGGCUUUUUAGAGCAGCAGUUGAGGUGGCUUCAAGACAAGUUCUACCAAGUCUGUGACUCUGAGGAUGCUGCCCAAACACAGGAAGAUUCAGAGAAAGUGCAGCCAGUGCCUGGAAAGCCCGAAGACAGACUGAACAAGGACAGUGCCACUGCCACUAGCAACCCACACAAAGUGCCCCUCAGGAGGAGUGUCCUGGAGGCGUGUGGGCUGGAGGAGGCUGAGGACAGAGGUGACACAGGUGGCCUGCCCUCGGCAGUGAGGGUACUCUCACAGGCACUGAAGCACGAGCUGUCUGUGGUGACAUGCCAGGUAGUGGACUCUGUCCUGAAGACUGUCUGGCCAAAGGCAGACAGCCACAUCCAGAAGCAGCACCACAGCCUUCCGAUGCUGGGGCCAGAUGCCAGGAGAGAAUAUACUGCUGGUGGGAAAUGCAGAAAGCCACUUGCUAAGCCAUCUCCCAUGAAUGCACCAGGCUCCCUGGACUCACCCCAGGCUGAGGUCCUGCCAGGAGCUUUGGGGAAGAGUUUGGGCUCUUAUGUUGCCUCCUUCAGCUCAAAGGGGGUCAGAAAAUCUUCUCGGGUACCCAGCAUGGAUUAUUCCCUGGGCUCAGCCACCCCUGUGCAGCACAGCCAGCUGCUGAGCCAGCUGUUGGGCUACAGCCAGCACAGCCUCUGGGACAGUGACUCUUGUGAGAGCCCAUCUGCUCUGGAGAGGGGUUCUCCAGAGCCCCUCAAGUUGCCCUGGGGAACUGUUAAACUGAGGUCAUCGAUUGUGAGACAGCAGCAGCACCAUCCGCUGCCCCUGAGCCCUGCAAGCAUGGAGAGCCUGGCACUACUGCCAGCUGGCAGGGAUGGCCACGGUGAGCUGCCAGCUGCAAAUGAUGGAGUGCCCUUUGCCUCGACCCACAUAUCCUUUGGGGGCAGCUAGAGGCAGAUGCAGGAGGCGCUGACCCCUGGGCACCUGAAGAAGGCCAAGCUGAUGUUUUUCUUCACCCGCUACCCCAGCUCCACUCUGCUGAAGACCUACUUCCUUGAUGUGCAGUUCAGCCGCUGCAUCACCUCCCAGCUCAUCAAGUGGUUCAGCAACUUCCGUGAGUUUUACUACAUCCAGGUGGAGAAGUUUGCCCGGCAGGCCCUGCUGGAGGGUGUUGUGGAUGCUUGCACUCUCCAGGUCUCCCGGGACUCAGAGCUCUUUCGUGCCCUGAACAUGCACUACAACAAGGGGAAUGACUUCGAGGUGCCAGGGCGCUUCCUGGAGGUGGCCAGCCUGACACUGCAGGAGUUCUUCAGUGCCGUCAGGGCAGGCAAGGAUGCCGACCCCUUCUGGAAGAAACCCAUUUACAAAAUCAUUUCCAAACUGGACAGUGACAUCCCAGAAGGGUUCAAAGCUGCUGGCUGCUCCCAGGAACUGCUCCACAGCUGAGUCUCUGUGAAAGCAGCCUUGGGUUGUGUGCGCAGCCACCAUGUGCACCUCAUGGGCACUCUGUACAACACCUGUUAUUUGGGGUAUUCUCUCUCUGAGAGCCAUGCACUCUCUGUAAGACAGCUCCUUAGGUGAGGCCUAUCACUUCCCUCAUGCUGGGAUUUUAUGCUGCGUUGCAUAUGCUGCAUUGUGUGCAUUGUAUUCUGCUGCUCAGAACUGGUGAGGACCACCAGAAGGGAGGGACAGAGAGGAAGCCAUCAGGUUGGAGCCUGAGAAGUUGCCCUGCCCCAGCUCUCCCUAUGACCCUGACUGAGCUACCUUCAUUCUCUCUUCCAGAGGGUCAAAAACCAGGGCAAACAGCCUUGCUGUUUAUAAAACAGGAAGAGGUCCUAGUAGUGGGCAAAGUUUCCUUGGCACAGCAGACUAGUGGAUGUACUGAGUCCAAAAGCAUGACUCAGUUUCUGUCCAGAUACAACACACGAGUGUCCAAAGAAAACAGCUGGUGAAUUCCAGCACUUCAAGCACUCCAUGGGGAUAGUUGUUCCUGUCUGGGAUAUGUAAAAACUAUGUUUGUUGUAGCCAACAAGAAUAACACUCUCCUCCACCUCUCCACCUCCCCUGUGCUGUUAGACAAGACACCCCCACCCCGUGCAGCUCUGUGCCAUGGCCAAGCAGGUCUGUGCUCUCCAGCAGUGUUCUCCGGGAUGCUGGAGGAGAGCAGGGUGCACAGCCAGCUCUGCUUGGCACUCCAAAGAGCCUCCAUCAGCCCAUCACCUGGGAGGACAGCUCCAUGUUAAACACCCAUCCAUGUUCCCCCACACCAUGCUCCUUCUGGCAAAACUGCCCAAAGCAUCUCUGUUCUGUACUCUGCCCUUGGUGAAAGAGGAGAAUGUUAUUUGAGAUCCAUCAGUCCUUGUGGGUUUAACACAAGCUGGGGAAGAGCUGGGCCUUGACAUCUACAACCCCAUUGCUGUAAGGGUUGUAAACUCAAGGAGGUUUCUUUACCCUGUGGCCAUGACUUAGUGGCCACUUUUCUACCUGAUGGAGCAUGGUGAGGCGUUUUGUGUUAAGGGCUCUCUAAUCCUCACAGAGGUGGCAGUGGAGAGGAAAAGGCUGUGAAGAGGAGGGAGUCCUGACAGAGGCAUGGCACGAGGGCAUUGGGAGGGCAGUGAUGAGCAACCACAUACCCAUGUAAAACCUCAGGGAGAAAACUGGGAAAAGGUCAAGGUAAUUUUGGGUGUGCUGUAAGGUACCAGCUGGUACUAGAGUGCAGCAAGUGACUCUUGAGAAUCACAGCUCCAGCAUCAGACAAGUGCAUGGGGUGAUCCACAGGCAAUGCAUCUACAGAAGUAAAGAAGUGGAAACAUCAGGACAUAAUGGGGAGCUCCGAAAUAGGAGCAGUUUGACAAUGGUUCCCCCCAUUACGAGUGUGGCCACCCAGAUUUCCUGCUUCAUUUUGUAUAUUUAUUUCUCCAAGUUUGUAUAUUUUACAACCCCAACACCAAAUUUACGUGAUUCCUUUUUAAAUAAACACAUUGUUUAAGCUACCCCUUUACAUCCCUGAAGACCUAUUUGAUGAUGUCUGCUCUAAAGAGUCUUCAUAGAAAUUUCUUGCUUUUUGUUGGGAAAAACAACACUGCAGCAAAAGGGCAGUCCUUCUGCCAGCAUCUCUGUGGGGUCAAGCAGGCCCCACUACCCAACACCAGCUCCAUUAAACCUGCCCCCUCACCCCAGCGCCUCAUGAUUAGUCUGCUCUGAAGGGCAACUUGUGAGGAUCAGGAAGGGGAGGCUGGAGGCACACAGAGACAUAUCCCAAAGCUUAAGGGUGCUGGACUCAAAUGUACAACAUCGGAUAAAUGCUGCUGGUGGUACCAUUAAUGUGGCCUUCCUGCAGGCAAUAACAACCUCAGAGCUUAAGUAAUGGUUUGGAUAGGCAAAACCAAAGCUGCUGGAAAGGGGAAUGAUGGGCUGGCUCAAGGAAGGGUCAGCAAAUUCAUCUGUUCAUAGCUAAAUAAUUAGGGAACAUAAGGUACAGGUUUACUGGAGGCAUCCUGCUGAAACAAAGCCUUUCACACAGAGUUCCUGGUGGGGGUAACAGUUUCUUGCGUCCUGGGGUAAGACGCAAGUCCAUGAGUGUCAGUA